AUUUCGGAACGAUCAUCGCUGUGCUAUUGUACACCUAGUGGGGCUCCUGUCUCCGGUGCUCUUUAGUCAGUUAAGUGAACUUAAAGCUAAUUAUUUAUUUUCUGUGCUGUCAUCGUGAUAUUGCCAUAAAAAGGGAGGGAGUUUGCUGCGAUAAGAAGGCCUAUCUUUGUAAAUUUAUGAUAAGAUUACUGUACUUUAGUGCGAAGGGGAGAAGCUGGCACUCUCCUCCUGCUGAAUGCGCUAGACAGCAGUGGGGCUCCAGUUGGCUGUGUGCGCUCAGACGCACAGACGCAAGCAUCCCACUGGCUGGAGUUGGAGGACACUCGCCCGUUUCGCCUCCACCGCUGCCUCUGAUCCCUUGUCUUUGUCUCCCGGCGGCGAGAAGACCACCCGCUCGGGAAGAAAAGGAAGAGAAAAGCACGUCUUUAUUUAUGUAUAUAAUUAGAGAGAGAGACUACUGAGAGUCAGAGAAACUGUGCAGAAUCGGGACUGGACACUUUUGGAGGUGGGGGGAAAUUAUUUCUCGCACGAGGCGAGCUGGAUCUGUUCUGUACAGCGGAGCGCGCACUGCUACGUCUUUUCAAUGGAUUUCAAAACAGUGGAAGUACCCUGGGAAUUAAACUACUGCUAAGUUGCUUUUAGUUCGCGAAUUUCGUUCUAACAAGGGUUUAUGUUUCACAUGGAGAGGAAGACGAUGAUCCUCGCCGUACUGUAUGUCCUUCUGCCUCUUUUAGAUGUGUUGUCUUACGCCGAGGAGAACCUGCGUGCUGGGGCCACCCGGCUGGACUGUGUGAGGGCCAGCGAGCAGUGCCUGAAGGAGCAGGCGUGCAGCACCAAGUACCGCACGAUGCGGCAGUGCGCAGCCGGCGGCAAAGAGAGCAACUUCAGCAUGGUGGCCGGUCUGGAGGCCAAGGACGAGUGCCGGAGCGCCAUGGACGCGCUCAAACAGAGCCCGCUCUACAACUGCCGGUGUAAAAGGGGCAUGAAGAAAGAGAAGAACUGUCUGCGCAUUUACUGGGGGAUCUAUCAGACGUUACAAGGUAAUGAUUUCUUGGAGGAUUCUCCAUAUGAACCUGUGAACAGCCGUCUAUCUGAUAUUUUCCGCCUGGCUCCCAUCAUAGGUGAGCCUGCAGUGGCCAGAGAGAAUAACUGUCUGAAUGCUGCCAAGGCCUGCAACCUAAAUGACACCUGUAAGAAGUACCGCUCCUCCUACAUCAGCCCCUGCACCAGCCGCGUCUCCACCGCUGAAGUCUGCAAUAAGAGGAAGUGUCACAAGGCCCUGCGGCAGUUCUUUGACAAGGUUCCGCCGAAGCACAGCUAUGGCAUGCUGUUCUGCUCGUGCCCACUCAGCGACCAGACGGCGUGCUCCGAACGCAGGCGUCAGACCAUCGUCCCUGUCUGCUCGUACGAAGAGAAACAGAAACCCAACUGUCUUGAGCUGCAGGCCUCCUGCAAGACCAACUACAUCUGCAGGUCACGACUGGCUGACUUCUUUGUCAACUGCCAGCCGGAGCCCCGCUCGCUGUCAGGCUGCCUGAAGGAGAACUACGCAGACUGCCUCCUCGCUUACUCGGGUCUGAUUGGUACGGUGAUGACUCCAAACUACCUGCGCUCACCCAAAAUCAGCGUGUCUCCCUACUGCGACUGCAGCAACAGCGGCAACAACAAGGACGAGUGUGACAAGUUCACCGAGUUUUUCACUGAGAACACCUGCCUCCGUAAUGCCAUCCAGGCCUUUGGAAACGGGACAGAUGUGGGAGUGUGGCAGCCAAUGUCCCCAGUCCAGACCACCACCUCCACCACCACUCCCUACCAGAGGAACCGUGAACGCAACCCCAACACCAUUGACAAUCACAUCAACACAGACCCUGGCAUCUACCACUUCUGUGGCAGCCUACAGGCUCAGAAAUUGAAGUCAAACUCAACUGUUGAUGGUGUCUUCUGUGUGGACCCUCAGAUAGACGGUCCAAGUACAUCCAACGCCAUCCUGAGAAACUCGGCCGUCUCCAGACGGCAUGCAGGCCUGGCCUCUCUGCUGCCCCCACUGCUCUGGCUCUCGUACUGCAGCCUGCUGGCGCUCUUCUCGCUGGGCGACUUGUAGCCUCGCUGCAUCACAGCAACAAGCUACAAUGGACUGACACACAUUUGUAUAAAAGAAAAAGCAAAACAAGAAAUUAUAUCCUUUCUUCUCAGUAAUACCUGUUGUACUUUUAUUUCCCUCUGGAAUCUGUCUCGAUUUUGAUUCCUACUUUGAUUUUUUUAUGAAUUUUUGGGAAGCUUUGUUGUUUUAUUGUUUUUGGGUUUUUUUGCAUUGCAGCUAUGUGCUAAAACAGUGAUCUACUAUACAUGUUAACCCAGUUUGGCUGUGUGUUCCCUUUGGGUUAGUUGAAAAAAAGGGGAUUUAAAGCUUUCGUGUUGCUCACCUGGGCGAAAUGACAAAAUACUCGAGGACUACAUUCCAAUAAACCACAGCUGGUGGCUCUUGGAACAGUACACACAAUGUAAAUUAGCAUUGAUUUUCUGAGUCGUCAGAUCAGUUUUCACCCAUGUCUGUUUGUGUGUUGAGGCUAUAGGUGGGAUCUUUCGCUUAAAAGUCACAGUCAGUUCAGUAACGGCUACAUUUUAUCACAUGGGCAGCCUUUUAGGUGUUAUUAAGUCUCCUCUGUAGUUUGUGUAUGUUUUGAUAAUUACGUGAUCUGGUAUUUUACAUUUUUAUGAGCUGAAUGAAAGGUCAACAUGGAUAUUUACCUGACAAAAAAUGUCAUUUUUUUUCAGGGUGAACACCGAUAACUUAAAACAUCAUAGAAGUUAGAACAUCUGCGCCCAAACUGUCUUCACUGUAGCUUAUACUGAACACACAUCGCCGCUGGCAAAAGCACACAGGCAAAGACCCACAAACACAUACUGCACACUUUCACACAUUCAGACAAAAAAAAACCACACACAGAAACACACACGCAGCACCGCGCUUCUGCUCCCUUUUUUUAACACCUCGUUUUGCCAACAGAUUGCUACUAGAUCACAGGACAGUAGGUCAUACACUGCUGUGGAUGGCUGAAUCCACUCCACUCAUUAGUGAUUGUACAUACUUGUAAUUGCUAGAAGUCCAAGCCAUGUUCAGUGUUUCUCUAUGGAAGGUGACAGAGAAGCUGCUGUAGUUUCCACAAAAACAGACGAGGGCUGAGGGAAAAAAAAAAAGGCUUAUUGUGGUAGAGUAUGUUCAGUGGUGACGCACACCUCCAUUGCUACAAGGUUCACAACAUCCUUAUCUGUCAGUUCAGUGUUACAACUUAUUGCCUUGAUUGUGAAACUGGUAACACGCGUUUGGGCAGGGAGCGAUCAUUUUAAAUUGACCAUUUGCUGAGCUCCGCUACCUUUAGUUAAUGUCCCUACACCUUGCAAGUUUUGCAUUCUAGCAUAGCAUGAACACAGUUUUCUGUAAUAACUGUGGCGAAGUUGCCACUCGAAAACGGUGGUCAUUUUCUGGAUAUUUUGCAUUUGAUUUCAGUUUGUAAAGUAGACAAAAGUGCUCUUGUAAAUUUUAUCUACAGACCAUCAGUUUUGCUGACUAAAACUGUCUCUGACAUCAGCUGCUACUAGCUAAAAAAUGGAUUUCUGUGUGUUGAUUGGAAACUUCUUUUUAUAGUUCAGGCUGACGAUAUAAGCUAAAGCUUAUACUGUAGGUCCAAGGCAAAAAGGUAGCAUCCUCACCAGUUGAUGAGCCAUGUAGACUGGACCACAUGGUAACAAAGGAACAGUUGCAUUGUUACAUUUCAAGGUUUUAAGGGACACUUAUCAUUGGAUUAGACUGUUAUUUUGUGCCAAUGUAAUUCCACUGAAAUGUUUUUAUAGAAAAAUCAUAUUUGGAGAAGCAACACAAAUGUUAGGAAAGAGAUAUGGCUUCGAGAAUGAGAACUAACCAACAAGUCUGACAAAUGUACCCUAGGUAAAUAUCCUCAAACCCGACAGAGCCUCUAACAGUGACUGGAAAUUGUACGCUAAACAAGCUAACAUUAGCAGGUUUCAAUAGAACAUGGACACAUUCCUUACACUCUUGCUCUUGUUUGUUAUGGAAAGGUGUAAAAAAGGUGAAAGGUGUUAAAAAAAAAAAAAGAAAACAUCACCCUUCCACCUAUUUGGAUACUAAGAAUGAUAUGCAGUGGGUCAUGCAUGUGUUUGAAAUACUCCAAAGCUUGACAGACCUGCUGUGCAUAGUAAUGGUUGCUAAGCUAUGAUUGGACAGUUGCUGUUCAGUGGAGGGGUUUAGCAAAUGGUCAAUUCUUUCUUCUUUUUUUUGUUAAACUGACUCCAGCAAACAUGUGACAUGUGACUUAUGUACUGUAUGUAAAUCGUCCAAGCGUUUUGUAUGUCUGCUUCUGAGGACUGCUGGAAAAAUAAAUAAAUAAAUAAAAAAGAAGCCACAGCGUUAGCAUCACAUUCAGUUCUCGGAUGCAGAUGAGCAUCUGUUUUCAUCAGCUUUUCAGAUGGAGGCAUAUGGUUUCUUGAACCCUUCUCCCCUUCCCAGAGGAACAUCCAAGCUUUUCUUUUUGACAGACUUCCCUCUGACACAAGAUCAGGACGUUUUCAUACAUCACUGUGGCAUGUUCGGCAAGUUACUUUAGCCAUUUGGACACUGACGGGAGCAAUUAUGACACGCUGCUUGGGUUUUACGUAGCUUCUCAGAACAUGAUUAAUGUAUAGUAGAACUUAAAUGUUAUUUACUGAGCAUAAACAUGGUAUAUGCACUGUAUGUACUUGGCUGAAACUAUAAAUUGGACAAAUAAAUGUCUGAUGAUAUUCUGUUCCAGAGCAUUGUGAGCUAUUUUGACAUUCAGAUACAACAUAGAGUACAUUGAAUAAGCCAGAAUAUUGUUUUUUAUAACAACAUAUAUGUAUAUUUCUCCCAGUAUGUACAUGAUUAUGGAAUAUUAUUGCAUCUGAGAAAGAGGAUAUCAAUGUAACUCUCCUACUGUAGUUAAAUACGACUGUAUUUCCUAAGCAUAUUGUUUUGUACCAUAGCCCCAUUUAUGAUUUUGCUCAAAUAUAGUAUUGUUUUUGUUUUUUGGUUUUAUUUUGGCUAAGAUUUGAACUUAUUUUUCUAUCUUUUACUAAUUUCUACUGUGUCAGUGAAUUGAAGUGAAUGAGACCGGCUGCAGAUUGCUCAGAUGUAAAUUGCUCAUCUUUUUUACGACUGUUCAGUGCCGUUACAAUAAUUACUUUGGCUUUACUGCUGAAAUAGUAAAAGUAAUUAUGGUGACAAUAACUAGAAGUUGAGCAAGAGAGGAAAUUGACAUUGCAUGGUGACUGUGAAGGAAAUAAAUCAGUGUUUAAAGACAAAUAUAUUCUACACCAUGCCAUUUUAAAGUGGGUUAAGUGCUACAGAUUGAAUGUGUGCAGUUUGGAUGGAAAGUUAAAGAGGAAUGUUAUGAGUUGGUACAUGACAAAAACCCAGGACUGGUCACAUUUCUCAGAAUUGUGUGUCUUAAGAUAUGUCUGAUCAUUUUAUAUUUGAAUCCCAGAGUCAUAUCUUCAAGGGCCCUGGAAUAUGAGAUAAAGUAAAGUUUAUAGAGGUGGUUUGAUGCUUCACCUUUCUUUGAAGAGUUCCUCAGGCCUCAGAGGGCCUCAAAACUGGGGUCACUUCCUCCUGAUGUUAGGAUCCCACGUUUGGACAAAAAAAAAAAAAAGUAAAGAUGGUGAAUAUGUUUGCCGUCCAUCUCCAUCCCAUCUGUUGUUUAAAAAUACCAGAAAUGGCUUUUCUGGAGAUGCAGACUCCCUCAGCUAUCUGGCAUCAUUAACUUCUUAGCUUGUGAAAAUGUAAAAUCUAUUGUACAAAAGUUAUAAUUAAAAACUGUUAAAUCACCCA